CCUCUGAGCCAGAUGAACAUGGCGGCUCCGGCUCUGGACGCUCCUGUCGCUCCGUCCCGCUGACCCUCACUGCACCGACUAAAACCUCCGCUCUACAGCCGCCCAUGGCCCCCCAACUCUCAGGUGCUGAUAACUGCUGAAGAUGAGUAGCGGAGGGGGGGACACUCCUGAGCCCCCCAAAGGGGAGUCUCUAAAGAGGAAAGACUGUCAGUCGGACCUUCUGGGACCCAGCCCUAAGAGAAGUACGGAGAGGCGAAACAGGGAGCAGGAGAACAAAUAUAUCGAGGAGCUGGCAGAGCUGAUCUUUGCCAACAUCAACGACAUUGACGACCUCAACGUCAAACCCGACAAAUGUGCCAUCCUCAAAGAAACAGUGAAGCAGAUUAGGCAGAUCAAGGAGCAGGAUUACUAG